AUGCCGCCUCGAGUUGCUACGACCAAGCCUGGGCCUCCACCUCCUGGCCAGCUCCAGAUCAUCGGGGAGAAGUGCUUGGCGUUCGUGCGCGAGAACGCGACGGCGGGUGACCCAAAGUCCGUCCUCGAAACCAUCGACACAUUCGGCUACGAGCACCACUGGAUGAUGAACGUGGGGGACGUCAAGGGCGAGCUCGUGGAUCGGGAGAUCGCCAAAGUGAAGCCCAAGAUUCUGGUUGAGGUGGGCGGCUUGUUCGGCUACAGCGCAGUGCGAUUCGCGAGCCACCUGCGCGAGCUUUCCGGCCCAUCGGUGCACGUCUACUCCUUCGAAUCUCUCCCGACUUCGCUGCGAUCGCUACAAAGGUUGAUGGUCGAGUUUGCUGGCCUCUCGGACUUGGUGACGAUCUUUGUCGGCACGUUCGGAGCCAACUAUACCAAGCUCAAGGACCUCGGUGUUGACCACGUCGACGUUUUCUUCCUGGACCACGACAAGAAGUGCUACAAGAGCGACCUGCAGAUCAUGGAGCAGAGUGGCCUCCUCCGAUCGGGCUCUGUGGUGAUGGCCGACAAUGUCGUUGUGGCUCGCAUCACCGACUACCUCGAAUACGUCCGCAGCCACGCCAACUUCAAGUCCGUCAUGUACGACUCGUACCUCGAGUACUCUGACAUCAAGGACGGGCUCGAGGUCUCCACAGUCGUAGCUUAG